UCUUUGUUGUUUCGUUUGAAGUGCGGUAAACGGCAAAUUAUUGCAAUUUGCAAUUAUAGGUUAUAAAUAUCCCGUUAGAACUAUUUGCAUUUCUGCAACUUUCAACAAAGCGUUUCAUAUCACUUCCAUAUUCUAAAUACGCUAAAAAUAUGCCAAAAAAUAAGAAAAAGCAAGAAGCUUCUAGCAGCAGUGACAGUGAUGAAGGUCCAACCGAUAGAAAUCCUCCACCAGAGAAAAAAGCAAAGACUGGUGGUUCCAGAACAGACGACAAGGAACCAACAUGGGUAUUGCAGAAGAAUAAAUUGGUGAAGGUCCGAGAAUUCAAAGGAAAAGUUUAUAUUGAUAUAAGAGAAUUUUAUGAGAAGAAUGGUGAAUUGUUACCAGGCAAGAAAGGAAUAAGUCUCACUCCGGAUUUGUGGCGAAAGCUGUUAUCUCUGGGAGAUGAAAUUAACGAAACUGUUAGUUCCUUGUGUUAAGAUGGAAUAUUUUCCACUUUGUUUAUGAAUUUAAUAUAUUUUGUGAUCA